CUGAGCAUACGUUGCGAGCUCGGAGUGUUCUCGCGAGGCGUCGUGGUGCUCCUGAAUCAUCGAGACGGAGGCAGGCUGCUAUAUUGUAAAUCGAUACAUUUAUUGACUGAUAAUCGCCAAAAAUCGCAUUUCUGUCGCUCUGAAAAAAUGGAUUCGAAUUGCGCGCCAAGAACUUCCGGGAACCGUCCGAAGUCUACACGAGUCACGUGACGUGCACAGCAUUUAGGACUUCCGUUGUCGCGACCCUCAUCCUCAUCAGACUGCUCUGGACAAUAGCUUGCUGCAACGUGGGAGACACGCAGCCUGCACGGAGCAGGCUCGAACAGGGCACAGCCCGAUGUGCUGCCAAAUGAGCCCGGAGCAGGGGCUUGGCAUCCGAACAGACACAUUCCUCCUGACAAUGGUCGCGCAGAGUCAUAAAGGGAAAAGACAGACGUGCUCUGCUGCAGGACCAACGUCACAUAUUUGUCACAUGAAUGACGCCUCGUUGAGUAGCUGCUCUCCCCCUCAACAUUUCGUGCACAAAUGAACUGAACUGUACAAAGCCACACGAGAAAUCACUGCUCUCUGCAUAUAUACUGUUCGGGUAGUCAUCUCUCACCUCUGUGGUUAAACGUGUGGAGAAUAAGGAAUGUUAAGAGCAGGAGAGGCGUCUGGGGCUUUCUGAGUGCAAGAAAGAGAGAGAGAGAGAGAGAAAAGCAUUGAGCCGGUUCACGUUCCCCUACGACGCGGCGGCCAUUGCGGUGGCUGAAUGAAGAACUUGUGAACAUGCACGAGGGGAGGACUCUACCGUUCACUUCGGUGACUUGUCCAGAUGCUCUGGCCCAAAGAAAGAUGGAAAGGAUUGGGAAGAACUUGAGCCAAGGCUGCUGCACAGCACCCAUUCAGUGAGCCAACGGGAGAUCCUGCCAUACGCCACGUCGCCGAGCCUCUCGACCUUCCCCUUUGACCCCCGUCGACCUACAAACGCCAUGACCUCUGAGCUGGAGAGCAGCCUGACCUCAAUGGACUGGCUCCCCCAGCUGAGCAUGAGGGCGGCCAUCCAGAAGGUAGACACAGGGCACCACCACAGCCACCACCAUGGACACCACCACCACCACCACCACCACCAACAACACCACGGUCACCAUCACGGGCAAGGGCCUGGCAAGAAAAUCGUUCACCUCGAUCCUGGAACCACACUGGACCAGGAGGAGGCUGCACAGCACAGAGAUGGUAAACCGCCCUACAGCUACGCCAGUCUCAUCACCUUCGCCAUCAACGGCUCGCCGCGCAAACGGAUGACCCUCAGUGAGAUCUACCAGUGGAUCUGCGACAACUUCCCCUACUACCGAGAGGCGGGCAGCGGCUGGAAGAAUUCUAUACGACACAACCUGUCCUUGAACAAGUGUUUUCUCAAAGUGCCUCGCUCCAAAGACGACCCUGGGAAAGGUUCCUACUGGGCCAUAGAUACCAACCCGAAAGAAGACUCGGUUCCCAGCAGGCCAAAGAAGAGGCCGCGAUCUGGAGAAAGGGCAUCUACUCCUUACAGCCUGGAGUCGGAGUCUCUCAGGAUGGACUGCAUCAUGUCAGGGGGGACGUCUCCCACUCUGGCCAUCAAUGCUGCGACCAACAAGGUAGCACUGUACAACCCAGAGGCAGAAGGCAGCGAGAGUCCGGGGAGUCUGGGCGGCAGCCUGAGCAACAGUCUUUCAGAGCAGAGUCUGGCGUCCGUCAACCUGAACAACCUGAACACGGCCGUCAGCGGCGGCGGCGGCAGCGUGCACAGCUUCACGCCGGUGAGUAACCACUCGGAGCCGUCAUCCCAGUCCCUGAGCCUUCAGCAGCCCGGCCAGCUUCCGCCGCCUCCCCCUCCUCCCCCGCAGCCCCAGUACGGUUUGCCCGUCCCGGAGUCGCGGGACAAGUCGCUCUGCUUCUCUGACUUCGAGGACCUCAGCGCGUCUUUCCGCAGUCUCUACAAGUGCGUCUUUGAGCAGUCUUUCUCGCAGCAAGGUUUGAUGGGUAUGCCCGGUGACUCCAGCCAGCAGGCCCGGACCGCCUGCUCUUACCAGCACUCUCCUGGUGCGGGAAGCAGCGCUGGGCACCACCACCAGCACAACCACGGCCAGGCGUCGCACCUCCCCCACCACCCUCAGCAGCACCUCUCCCCUCACUCCACCCACGGCCAGCACCCGGCACAUCAGCACGCUGGUCAGCACCAACAGCACCCUGCACAUUCCCAGCAGCACCCGUCUCUCUCCCACCAGAGUCACACUGGACAGAGUUGCCCCCCAACAGGCAUCUCAUCAGACUGGUACCCCAACCUGGACUGGCUGAAGGAGAGCUGCCGCAUUGCUACCAGCUACAACUGGGCUGACGUAGACCUCUCCCCAUUUCAAGGUCUGAAGGAGAGCAUGCGGCAGGCCGAGCUCAACAACUGGUCACUGGACCCCGCCCAGAUGGCCGACCUGUGUUCCUCGAUCAACCAGUUCUUCGCAGCCACGGGGGUGAUCCCCCCUCAGGGUGCCGCCCACCCACAAGCUCAGGUCCAACACCCGACGCCACCAGGGGCGGCGCAGCACCCGGCUCAGCCACACGGGGCCAUGCACCCAAAGGCCAGCCAGCACAAUCAGCACGGGCAACACAGCCAACAUGGCCAACACAUCAGCACAGGGAACAUGUACAUGGACUCGAGACAGAACAUUUCCUCUCUGAUGGGCCCACCGGGAUACCCCCACAUGCCUCCGAUGAGCAACACGGCUCCGACCAUGACAGGUCAUCACAGCCAGCUGAGCCAGCAGCAGCAGCACGCGCUGCCUCCAGGACACUUCCAGGUGAGGCGCAUGCUCGCUGCGGACGACAUCCAGGACGACUUUGACUGGGACUCCAUUGUCUAAACGGAGCCGUCUGCUGAACAGAGAGGUGAAGAGAGUGAGAGACACAGAGACGUCCCGUGAUGACAGGUAAGGUAAGGAACUUGCUCCUUUCACCAGUGUGGAAAAAAACAGAAGACAAUCCAACAGGAAACAAACGGAAAGAUUUUUUUCUUUCUAAUCUUGCCGGCCGGUCGAUGACAUUAAAGACAAUCAUUUAAAAAAAAAAGAGACAUAAAUGGGAUUGGACCAAGAUGUAAAGACACAUCAUCACAGAACAAAAGGACGGCUGAGGCUCUCUGAAUUGUCUCGUGUUGUGUGUGUGUGUGUGUGUGUGUGUGUGUGUGUGUCCCAGCACCAACAGGGUUACGAGUCGCCAAAGUGUUGUCAAAAUCGUCUGUGAAUUAUUUACCUUUUUUCUUAAACCUUUUGUGUUUCCUGCUGCAACUCGUGUCCCGUGUCUGUGUAAAAUUCCAGCACAUGUUGCUGAAAUGAAAAGAACCCCUCGUCUUCUUCAAAACCCCCUGCUGAAAAAUAAUUAGCCUGUCACCCAACAUUCAUACGCAUCCAGCAGGUCUAACCGUCGCAUCCUUUCCCCGGCCGUCUCUGUGGCUUCUGUGAGACAGAAUAAGAAAGUAAUGAUGGUGUACAUGUUCAGUGACGGAGGGGUGGACCACAAAAGUUCUAUGCAUCCGUUUUUCUUUAUCUCCGUUCCAUUUAGAACUUGUAUCAGUUUAUUUUAUCAUUUAAUAUGCCAUUCUUGUGUGUGUGUGUGGAACAGCCCAUGGUGCCGUGUUCUCAGGGUGCUGCUUUCAAUGACAUCUUCACAUUUGAGGUUAUCGGUGUCCAGCUUUCACUUCCUGUUGGCGGACAGCUAGCGCCCCGAUAAAAAGAGUUUAAAACCUUCGUUUGUCAGCUUAUAAGCUAAACAAUGUGAAAUACUGUGGAUGGGGGUUUUUUGUCAGUAGUUUGAACAACAGACGCUUACUGAAAUAAAAAAACGAGACGCUGGCCAGACUUGGACUUUGGCAACAAUAUCAUUUUCCGAGGUAUGAUUUUAGUUCUUCAUGAUUUUUUUGGGAGGGGGAAAGUGCACAUCACGUGUGACCAGGCGGAGGACACUGGCUGUGGUUUUCACGAGGCCUCAUUUUGGAGAAGAUGAGCAGUUUUUUGCACAACGUGAAGCCUGAUAGCCUCUCUGGUGAGUGAGAAAACUGAAAAAACUUUUAAGAGAAAUGACAGAGCAGCAAAAGAGCAAAGACUAAGCAGGCGUUUUAAAUACUCUACUUUUUUUUUUUUUACUGUGAUGUUUAAUUUUGUCUGUGUACAAGUGUGUAUAGUCCUCUCUGAUUUCCGUCGGCAUACAGCUCAAAAAAAUACACAUGAGAAACAAAUACUUUGUUUGUAUUAAGUGGGUACACAGUGAAAUAUGGGACCUUUGGUUUGGAAGAUCAAAGUGAUUGUUUGGAUGGUUAUAACAAGGUCUCGCUAUAGAAAAAAAAGAAAAUACUCUUUAUUAUUGCCAUUAAAUGCUGUAUAACAGUGACCAGCAUAUAUAUAGAUAUAUAUAUAUAUAGAUAUAUAUAUAUCUAUACAUAUAUAUAUAUAGAUAUAUAUCUUGUAUGUUUGUGUGUUGUUGUCCUUGUAAAUAACAGUAUGCUACCCUGUUUGCCCUUGAAAAACACAGACUGAUGAAAAACGUGGAAUGGAGAGAAAGUAUUUUGUUAUCUGUCCUUCAGGCGACAUAUUAUGUACAUACCUUCAGUAUAUUGUAAAUAAGUGGUUUAAAAAAACAAACAACCAAACAACGUUGGCGUUUUGUGUGUCAUAAAUAAUCUGUGUAUGGCGGUUCAACAGUUAAAAAUCUGUUUCAGUGUUUAUUAUUAAAAUGUCAUUGACCAUUUUUACUGCGCUAA